CAAGACAUCGUUACGGUGAGAGGAGAGAAGAGCGGACGAGAAGAGCCGACUUUGGCUUUGGUGGUAACCGUGACGUGACGGAAUCUUUGAGUUGUGAGGCUGACCGUGUUUUGCUCUGCUGUCCUGUCGCCUGUCGCCUCUGUACCUCGUCUUUCCUCAACCACUCUCUUUCUCUCAUCCGCGCGUCGCAACUCUACCUCUCCGCCUUCCGACUUCGGCGCAUCAUCGACCCCUGUACAACUAAACCAACGCGCCUAUACUCUGGUCUAUCUGGCAUCACCCCGGCGCGCACUAUCACUUGCACAACGCAGACCUCCAACUCCUCCUUCUGGACACCACUCCACCACCGCCGUUCAAAAGAACGGCUCACAUCGCCCCACGGCCUGGUCAUGCCCGACAUCGAAGGCCCCUAUCCCGCAGUACCCGCGCUGUCGCUUCGUUCUAACAGGGCCCCCUACAACUACGACCUUGAACGCACCCAGCAAGCUGGGCCGAGCAAGUCUCGCCUCCCGCUUGCCACCUCGUCUACAACCGCUCAACAGCAGUCACACCCCGCUUCCCCCCACCCCCUCACCAACUCUAUCCGCGCCGAUAGCAUGUACACGCCUCCAUCAGAAUCGCGUCUCCGUUCCGCCAAGAUCGACAGGUCGCGUCGUCCACACAGUGCUUACCCUCCCACCGAUGAGCCUGUGUACCAUGUACAGCGCAAAUACACGGACCCGACCCCCCACUCGGGCGCGUACCUGGGCAUGGAGCAGCCUCCCAGCCCCAUGCCCUCGGGAUCCAACCCUCAGCUCGACGUUGAUCUUGAUGUCUACUCCCAGGAUUACAGCGAACUCGACGAUGACAUGCGCCAGUUGGGCGAUGACAUGCGCGAGCCUACGCUGAGCUUUGCCACCACGUCGACCGUCGACUCGACAGCCAGCUCGCCUUCUAUUGGUGAGGCGUACACUUAUGGCACAGAACGAGUGCUGGAUGGCAAACCAGAGCACGAGCCUCGUAUCCGCAUGAGGACGGGGCGCCAGAACGCGUAUUCAUCUGCAGAGUCCUCGAUGGCAUCUGGCGCCUUCUCUUAUCACGCCUAUAGCGAGUACAACCAGCAGCCUCCAGUGCCACCCCUCCCUGCCGACCUCAGCAUGGGGCUCAACCGCAAUGGCUAUCGUGUAUCCACAAACGAGACCAACUCGACGGCGAGCUAUCACGCGACAUCUCCCAGCUCGUCCUACGUGCAACGUCAGCCCUGGCGCUCGCCCGUCAUGGCAAGAGACCGUAGCCUUUCGGUGUCGACCACAGACGAGACCGAAGAGUCUUCGGGAUCGGGGGAAGAGCGUCUGUCUUCAGCAUUCGAACAUUCCUUCAGCUACCUCUCAGGAUCGCUGCCAGCAAGGCAACCGUGGGAGGACGACAGCGAGAUUCUCGCCGAGCCCAACGCACUGGCAAUGGUAGACGACGGUCGGGGCGCAAUUCUCAAUCAAGAAAAGCUAGAGGCCAUGGGCGGCGUUCGUGUCCUGAGCGCAAUGUCGGACAAUGACUUGUUACGUCUGCCCCGUUUCACCCAUCUGCUUCUCGCUGGAGUGGGUCCCAGCAUCCUCGACGCACUGCCAGCGCUGCUGGACGUGCUCUCGACCACCCUCGUUGUUCUUGACAUUUCGAACAACGACCUGACAACUCUGCCUACGGCCCUAAGGCAUUGCUCUUCCCUCGAGGAGCUCAACAUCUCUCACAACCCCCUGCUACAGCUCCCGUCCCUGUUGGGCGAGUGCACAAGCCUGCGCAUGCUGGUGGCCGAUGGGUGUCUGCUCUCCAACCUCCCGGUGGAGCUUGCGCAGACUCGUUCUCUGCACACUCUGUGCGUGCGCGGCAACCGCCUCGUCACAUUGCCACCGUGGCUUUGCCUCCUUGGCCACCUUGAGACACUACGAAUCGACAACAACCCCUUCGCGGCACAGUGGCAGCCGAUCGUGGCCCCAAUCCUCGCUUCGACACUUCGCAGUGGUAAUCACUCGCGCUCUUCAUCCGCAGCAUCCAACUAUGCUCGGCCGGGGACAACGCAGUCCAAUUACCGGCCCACAACAGCAGGACUGAACUCGGCAAUGAGUUCGCUCAACGCCUCGCAGACGUCCGUCGGCGGCCCGUCAUCGUCUGCUGACUCCCUCGGUCUCGGCCUCCAGAAUGGGAGGACGCAGUCGGUCCCUCAGUCUCUCCGUACGACCACACGCGCGGCAGCUAAGCAGGACUCCCCUAUGCGGGCACCAAAUCGCAGCAUAAGCAACCCCAACCCGCACUCGGAGAUCCUCUCUGAUCGCACCUCUGCGCCGUCAAACCGUCGCGUGUUUAGUGCAGCGCACUACACGGACGAGUCGGAGGCUGAGGGUAGUGAGAAGAACAGCAAGUGGGGUUUCCUCCGCAAGGUGUCUCUCUCUCGUCUGCGAACAGAAAAGGACCGCUCCGCGCAGAUGAGCGCAUCAGCCGCUGCAAACAUCUCGUCGAUGCCCUCCGGCCCAGUCAUCUCGGCACCUACCCUCAUUGGCGGGCCCCCCAAGCGCCCACCGCUCAGCGCGGACCACUGGUCCACUGGCAUGAUCCCCACGCGGCCCCGCGGCGCGUCGCAAAGCAGUGCAGAUUUGGCGGUUCCCUCCGCGUCAACCAUGUCGGUGCCCAAGCUUCCGGUCAACGCCUAUGGCUCGGCCUCUGGCGGUGCGCGCAGCAAGCGUCGCAGCUUUUUGCCCAUUGACCCCAGCCCACCGUCGCUGAAUGUGGCGAUUCCUUCCAUGUCCCCUUUCAUGGCCCCACAGGCAACCUUGGCCGAUGGCGAGCACCCGCACGCGUUGGCGGACGAUGCCGUGGAAACGCUGGGGGACAACGAGGGGCUGUAUUUGGGGCGUCACACCCCGUCGACGCACCACGCUUACGCCCGCUCAGUGGACAAUCUGUCCAUUAACGAGCACGAUGGGCGGUACUCGCGUGGCUUGGAUUCUAUCAAGAGCUACCUCCGCGACCUUUACGACCUCUCCCUACCUCCAGGGGAUCCGUAUGGCGCAUUCGAGGUCAUUCAGUCCCAGGCUUCGACAGUGGGGUCCGACACUCUCUCUCCACUGGGUGACAACGCGAAGCUGCGAGACUCGGUUGCCGAGUCCACAACGACGUCUGCCCGUCACCUCACCAUCAGCAGCGCGAUCCCAUCGCGGAGCGUCUCGAUGGUCAGCGUCGGCAGCGAGCGACACUCGGCAUACUCGUCGACUGGCGCGCUUGACCCUGAUGUUCAGAAGCGCUACAAGGACGACCCAUCGAAGCGCACCCGCGUCCUCCACGAAAUCUUCGAGACCGAGAAGACCUACGUCCGUGGCCUCGAUGAGUUGGUACAGAUUUACGUGCGUCCAGCGAGCCUUGCGGCCGGCAGCUCCAAGGGCGAAACUGUGAUCCCCAUGGCCGAGCGCAAGGUCGUGUUCGGCGGAGUUGAGUCGAUCUUGAUCUUCCACCGUGACAACUUCCUUCCUGCCCUUGAAAGGGCCCUCGAUCCCCUCCUUCAGAAAGGCGAUGACGCGAGCGGCGCCGUGUCAGCCUUGGCUGCACACAAGGUGGGCGAGGAGUUCCGAAAUUACAUUGCCUACAUGAAGCAGUACUCGACCUACAUCAACAACUUUGACAAUGCGCUGUCGCGCAUGAAGACGUGGCUACUGCAGUCCAACGGCUCAUCCACGCCAUCCCCAGCCAAGGGCGCAGGCGCUAUCGGCGUUGCAGCCGUUGGGGCCAGCUUGGUUGGCUCCGCCGUCCUUCCCGUGGGCGAGAGUGUCCCGCAGUCUGGAGCGUCCCUUACUCCCGCACAACGUAAGCGCGUCAAGACGUUCCUCAAGCGGGCCAAGGAGAACCCCAAGCACUCGCAGAUCAACCUCGAGUCGUAUCUCCUUCUCCCCGUGCAGCGCAUCCCGCGGUACAAGCUCCUGCUCAGCGAUUUGGCGCUGUGCACGCCUCCGCGCGAGAGCAUCGGGCCGAACGACGCCCUCGACGACGCGAUUCACGAGAUCACAACUCUGGCGUCGCUCAUGAACGAGGAGAAGCGCGAGGCGGAGUCUCGCCUUCGGCUGUUGGCAUGGCAGCAGCGUAUUACGUCACGAGGCCCGAGCCCCCUCGUGCAACCGCAUCGCAAGCUUAUCCUCGACGGCGCACUCACCCUCAUUCGCGUUGUCAAGAAGGCGAGCGCAUACGCAGAGGUCGACGGUCCGCCCCAGCUCAGCGGCGUGGAUGGUGACUCGACGAUCACGGGCAACAAGACGGUUGUGCCCGUCGAGUUCAUCAAGCCCGAGCCAAUGGAAAAGCCGAUCAUGCUCAUCCUCUGCUCGGACAUGCUUGUGCUUGUGCAGCAGCGCCCCGGCGAGGGCUGGGAGGGCAGUGUAGACCUCUUCUCGGUGCUGCGCAUGGCAACUGUGCGCGAGCCAGCGAGCGUGAGCGCGUCCAACGACCGCGUUUUGCGUGUUGUGGACAACAGGUCAAUUUACUACUUCAAUGGCGGCACGCACGCAACAACGCUGCAGUGGUGCAGGGCCAUCAACGGGCAGAACAGUCGGUAGCGCAGGUUUGUGGUUCCAUCCGGUUAGGAACAAUGUGUUUUCGUUGUACCAGAUAUGCAGACGUGCUAGAGUUCG